CAACCGUUCCCGCCAAAAGCUGUGCGUUGACAGCUUCGCGACGUGGUAUGCGCACGAGUAAAAGCGCCGAUGGCGUCGAGGCUAAGAACCUCCUCCCCAAGGCUCUGUCCGCGAACGCACGCGAAAGCCGUGCGCGCGAUAGUCUCCAGUCGCCACUUAGGUCGCUCCUCUCGAUGGCGAUCCAGCUCUCGGUCAACCAAAUGGUUCGGCGCGUUUUGCUCGUGACAGACACGGCGUUCCUUGGCCACCUCGGCACGAAAGAGCUCGCGGGGGCCGCGCUCGCCAACCUCUGGAUCAAUGUCCCGUUCAACUUUGUGCAAUACGCAAUUCCCGCCAUCACGAUCCUCGGGUCGCACGCGUACGGUGCCGGGGAGCACAAGGAGAUUGGCGUCUGGCUGCAAACGUCCAUUCUGUUUGCACAGGGUGCGUGCCUUCCUGUCGGGCUCGUGCACCUCUUUGUGGGUCCCCUCGUCGGCCUUUCCAUGCGAGAUGACGAGACCAUCGCGUUUGGCCAACUCUAUGGCGACGUGCUCGCCACCGGCCUUCUUCCGCGGUACCUUUACGCCUGCCUCACGGCGUAUUUUGCAACCAUCAACGUUGUGCAGUCGGCAACAAUCACAAGUAUUAUCGCCAUGAUCCUCAACGCGCUUCUCAACCAAGUGUUUAUUAACGGCAUUCCUGGCAUAUGGGCGGGCAUCGGUUUUGUCGGCUCGCCGCUCGCGACUGUCGUGAGCUCGUGCAUGCAACUGCUUCUCUUUGGCGUCUACACAAUGGUGUGGCGGCGCUACCACGUACCGUACUGGGGCGGCUGGACCCGCGUUGCCGUCGAUCAGGCGCAUUGGACCAAGUUUUUGGCGCUCGCGCUGCCCUUGGGGGCGUCGUCGGCCGUCGACUGGGCGAGCUUGACCGUUGCGGGCAUGGUCCUCGGCACGCUGGACCCGGCCUACUCGGCCGCGAAUGCCGUCCUCUUUGGCCUUUUUGGUGUCGUGUACGCGUGCGUGAGCGGCUUCUCGGCCGCGACUCAAAUCUUCAUGGCCCGCAGCAUUGGCAUGGGGAGCCUGCCCGAUGCGAAAGCGUACCUUGUGCUCGGGAUUUACCUCAUGGCCGUCAUGGUGACGCUGCUGUUAAGUGUAUUGGCCGCCGUGCACAAGGCAGUCGUUCGUCUCUGGACGUCCGACCAAGCCGUGCUCGACCUGUGCGAUGGCGCAAUACUGCCGUUUGGCCUGUGCAUUGGCCUCAUCUUCUUCCGGUUUCUUCUGAGCUCGGGCGCCAACGCCGUCGAGCUCUCUCGGUAUGCGCUGGUCGUCAAAAACGCCGGCGCGUCGCUGCUCUUUAUUCCGCUCACGUACCUCUGCGUGUUUGAGUGGCGCUACGCACUGCGAGGGUACUGGGCGGCCAAUGCCCUGGGCGAAUGCGCCAAGAUCGUCCUGCUGGUGUGGCGCCUGGCCAAGCUCGAUUGGACUGUUCAAAAAACCAACAGUCGGGACGGCCAGCCACACGUAGGACGCCAAGGAGCACUCAUCACCAUCCAUGUCGCUACUAGUACGGAGAGGGGCCAAUAAUUCCAUCGCCACCCCUAACCACCACCACCACUGACAACAGGGACACGUCUCCUGCGUCCUCCCAUCCAUGAAUAAGAGUUCUUUUCUCCCA